AUGGGUAAUACUUGGAAAGGUAUUUCUGAAGUUAAAUUCAAGGAAUAUGAAAAGAAAAUGCUUUUGCAUUCUGGAGUGCCAAUAUAGGAUAUAGAGGUAUUCAAUGUAUUGAUUGACAAUCAGAGAAAUUAUAUCAGAACUGUAAGAGUUAAAUCAAACUAAAACCCGGUCAUGAUCUUAAUUCAUGGGUAUGGCGGGUCAUCAAUAGUCUUCUGGAAAAUCAUCAAGCCGUUGCAAGAUAAAUACAAUUUGUUUUUAGUAGAUGUUCUAGGAAUGGGUGGAAGUAGCUGA